AUGCAACGAGCCAUUGACUCGAAUAAUCUGAAAGAUGCUCUCAAGUAUUCGGCUCAGAUGCUCAGUGAGUUGCGGACUUCGAAGCUUUCACCUCACAAGUACUAUGAUCUCUAUAUGCGAGCUUUUGAUGAGUUGAGGAAACUUGAAAUUUUCUUUAUGGAAGAAACUCGGCGUGGUUGCUCAGUCAUUGAACUCUAUGAGCUUGUUCAGCAUGCUGGUAACAUACUACCUCGUUUAUAUCUCCUAUGUACAGCGGGAUCCGUUUAUAUCAAAACCAAGGAAGCUCCUGCCAAGGAAAUUCUCAAAGAUCUUGUUGAGAUGUGCCGUGGAAUUCAGCAUCCUCUACGUGGUCUCUUCUUGAGAAGUUACCUUGCCCAAAUUAGUCGAGAUAAAUUACCUGACAUUGGUUCUGAGUAUGAAGGUGAUGCUGAUACAGUCUCAGAUGCGGUGGAGUUUGUACUACUGAACUUUACCGAGAUGAAUAAACUCUGGGUCAGAAUGCAACACCAGGGACCUGCUCGAGACAAGGAGAAACGGGAUAAAGAGAGGAGCGAGCUUCGUGACCUUGUUGGAAAGAACCUUCAUGUGCUGAGUCAGUUAGAAGGUGUGGACCUUGAUAUGUACAGAGAUAUAGUUCUUCCUAGAGUCUUAGAGCAGACAGUGAACUGCAGAGAUGAGAUUGCCCAAUAUUACCUAAUGGACUGUAUCAUUCAAGUUUUUCCUGACGAGUACCACUUGCAGACUCUUGAUGUACUUCUUGGGGCUUGUCCAAAACUUCAGCCAUCAGUUGACAUCAUGACAGUGCUUUCACGUUUGAUGGAGAGGCUGUCCAAUUAUGCUGCCUUAAAUGCGGAAGUAUUACCUUAUUUCCUGCAAGUGGAAGCUUUCUCAAAGUUGAAUAAUGCAAUUGGAAAGGUGAUAGAAGCACAAGAAGACAUGCCUAUUCUGAGUGCAGUAACCCUAUAUUCCUCCCUUCUCAAGUUUACUCUUCACGUUCACCCUGAUCGGCUUGAUUAUGCGGACCAAGUGCUGGGAUCAUGUAUUAAGCAACUGUCUGGAAAAGGAAAGAUUGAUGACACCCGUGCAACAAAGGAGAUUGUCUCACUUUUAAGUGCUCCCUUAGAGAAGUAUAACGAUGUUGUCACCGCCCUUAAACUAACAAAUUAUCCGCUUGUAAUGGAGUAUCUUGAUAAUGAGACAAAGAGAGUGAUGGCUACUGUUAUAAUUCGAAGCAUUAUGAAAAAUAAUACUCGUAUUGCUACAGCAGAGAAGGUUGAAGCACUGCUUGAACUGAUUAAAGGACUUAUCAACGAUUCAGAUGAGCCACAAGGCGUUGAGGUUGAUGAAGAUGAUUUUGAGGAGGAGCAGAAUUCUGUUGCCCGUCUCAUUCACAUGUUAUAUAAUGAUGACACGGAAGAGAUGUUUAAGAUAAUCAGUAUCCUGAAGACGCAUUUCCUGACAGGAGGGCCAAAGCGCUUAAAGUUCACCAUUCCUCCCCUUGUUGUUUCUGCUCUAAAGCUAAUCAGGCGAUUGCCAGUGGAAGGAGACAAUCCUUUUGGAAAAGAGGCUUCAGUAUCUGCUACCAAAAUCUUCCAAUUUCUAAACCAAAUUAUAGAAGCAGUACCUAAUGUUCCAUCACCUGACUUGGCAUUCCGCUUGUACUUGCAAUGUGCUGAGGCUGCGAAUAAGUGUGAUGAAGAACCAAUUGCAUACGAAUUUUUCACCCAGGCUUACAUCUUAUACGAAGAAGAAAUUUCGGACUCCAAGGCCCAAGUGACCGCUUUACAUCUUAUAAUCGGAACUCUGCAAAGGAUGCACGUAUUUGGUGUUGAGAAUAGAGAUACUUUAACACACAAGGCUACGGGGUAUUCAGCAAAACUUCUAAAGAAACCUGACCAAUGUCGAGCUGUUUAUGCAUGCUCUCAUCUGUUCUGGCUCGAAGAUCACGAGACUAUACACGAUGGAGAAAGGGUUCUGCUUUGUCUCAAACGAGCGCUUAAAAUUGCAAAUUCGGCUCAACAGAUGGCCAGCACAGCUCGAGGUAGUACGGGAUCUGUAACUCUCUUCAUCGAGAUACUAAACAAGUACCUCUAUUUCUAUGAGAAAGGGAUCCCACAGAUAACAGUUGAAUCAGUCGAGAGCUUGAUACAACUGAUUAAGAAUGAAGAAUCCAUUACGUCUGACCCAUCUGCUGAAUCGUUCUUUGCAAGUACGCUUCGGUUCAUGGAGUUCCAAAAGCAGAAAGGUGGUGCCAUUAGUGACAGAUACGAGGAGAUCAAAGUGUAG